GAAAAAUCAAUAUUGGCCGCCUAGUUCCUUUGUCUCUGAUUGGCCGGUUUUUCCUGAAUUAUUUAAUUUUGUUAAAUUUAAAAUAUAUAAUAAAAGAAAAUGGUUUGCUAUUGUUGUGUGAAAGGUUGUAAAAAUAAUACAAAUAUCAAGAAAAAAGAUCCUAACUACAUGGUUUCAUUUCAUGCAUUCCCAACCAAUCCAGAACUAAGAAUAAAAUGGCUAAGGGCAAUUGGAAGGCCUAAGUGGGAUCCUCCAAGCCAUACGCGCAUUUGCAGCGUUCAUUUCAAUUACGAUCAAAUAACUCAUGAGAGCUCUAGGAACAGGAUCAAGGAUGACGCUUACCCAGUUAAUGGUUUGCCUCCCAAUUCAAACUUCGAAGCUACUGAUUUGGAGGUGUGCAGAAUAUGCCUGGCCACUGAUGUGAAUAUGAACAGUUUACAACAAGGAGUAUUGAAAUCAUGCAUGGAGUCUAUUGGUGGUUUGAAUGUAAGUGAAACUCAUAACAUCGAAGGAUUACCACAGUUUGUCUGCAAUGAAUGUGCAGCACAUUUGAAACGGUUCUACAGUAUAGUAGAGAAGAGCAUUAUAGCCCAGGCAUCAUUAUUGGACAUAUUUGCUCAACAUGGCGAGAUAACAAAAAGCUUAAUCCAAGGCCUGGACCGAAAACAACUGAACCUGGUCUCAUCUCUAAAUUAUUAUAAACAAACUAAUAUUUAUGAAUUCAAAUACAAUUAUGAAAAUGAAACACCUAGUGAUGUCAAAUCUGGAUCUAACACAACCGAUGAAUGUAAAACCAACACACAGGCAAAAGAUUAUAAUAUAUUUGUAGAUGAAAUUUUUUAUGAACCAGCAGCAGAAGACGUUGGUUUAGAAUGUAUAAAUCCUAACCUUAUUAUGAAAAGUAAAGAUGAAAUAGAAGCUAAUAAUGACAAAACUGAUGAGAUUGAAGUAGCAGUUAGUAGUGCUCAAAUAUUAGGAAACAUAGAAAACUACGAUGAUAAUGCCACUUUUUGGGAGGAUUGUGAUGAAGACCCUGUGAUUAUAUAUAAGCAAAACAAUCGUUGCCAAAGAAAACCCGAAAAAAAGAAAUUAAAAAUAAAAAGAGAUGAUGGAUUAACUCCAGAUGAAGUUGAUAUGCAGGAUCACUUCGAUAUUGUGAAACUGUCUUUACAGGAGCAAAUAGACGAGUGGAAGAUAUCAGUAACAAAGAGAUGUCUUAACAGCGAAACGAAAUAUCGAUGCGAGAUAUGUACCAAAACAUUUGCGCACAUCAACACUUACAACAUGCACAGCAGUAGCCAUGAUCCGAAACGUGGCAAAGCAGAAUGUCCCGUUUGCAAACUGCGUUUCAAAAACUCAGUGAUAGCGAAGUCUCACAGAAACAGAAUGCACGGAAAGAAAUUUUAUUGCAAGGAAUGCCCUAACGUCUUUAAUAAUGUUGCUAUGGCGAAAAGGCACCACCGCUGGCACAUCGGGCACGUAUACAUUUGCGCGGGGUGUCCGUUCACGACCAUGCACGAGUCGUCGCUGCGCCUACACGUCCGCACGGCGCAUGCGCGUGAUAUCACGUGCAUAACGUGCGGACGCGCAUGUAUGACUUCGCGGGGACUGAUGCUUCACCACGCCACAGCGCAUAGGGAUAGAGAGAAGACUGAUGGAAACCCGGCGUUCAGUUGUGAACAGUGUCACAUUAACUUCGAGUCGGAAGGUGCACGACGCGUACAUAUUUUGACAUCCAGUCAGCAUAGACAGAAACCGGACUUAUGUGAUCCAGUACCAGUAGAUCCUUCCCUGAAGAAGACCUGCAGUAAAUGCGGCGUCGAAUGCAGCUCCUUGCUAGAGUUGAUGGAACACACAAGGGCCGAGCACCGUCGCCCCGCUCAGAAGAAAACCAGUUGGAGUUUACCGGGAGAUAUGUAUCCCGUUCAAUGUGAACAUUGUGGUGAAAUGGUGAACAAUCGCAAGGAACAUUGGCAGCACAUCCGGAAGAUGCAUCCCAAAGAGACGCAUACUUACCAGCCGGUCAUCACUAUGAUUUGUGACACUUGCGGGAAAGGGUUUCAGAACUCGACCAAGCUGCACCUGCACGAGCUGCGCCACGAGGGCCCGCGCGUGGCGUGCGGCUCGUGUCCGCGCGUGUUCUACGACAAGUACGCGCUGGCGCGGCACGCCAGCAUGCACGCCGCCGUGCCGCGCCCGCACGCCUGCAGCACGUGCGGCCGCGCCUUCCGACUGCGCACCAAUCUGCUGCGACACGCACGGGUCCAUACAUCGGUCAGGGCAUACGAAUGCACGUUGUGUGGAAAGAAAUUCAAAUAUUCAACGGGUGUCAAGUUACACGUGCGCACUGUACAUCACAAGUUACCGCAUCCGCCCAGGAAGAAGCGAAGCCGCGCCAAGAAAAUGAGCUCCGCACCUAAUAAUGAGAAUAAUUAACUGAAUAAAUAAAUGUAAAUAUG